AUGAGCAGCAAGUACAUGUUCAGUCAAAGUCUAAGAGAGUUACGAUUCUUGUUCUGUCAGACGAGCGGAGAGAGUGGUCCCGUAAGGUCAUUCAUUUCCCGCGCGUAUCCAGUAAUGAAAAAGAGCAAUCCCAAUAUUCCCAUAAUGAUUCGUGAGGCGGCUGGUACUCAUCCCCGAAUUUUCGCAAGAUACGUAGAGUUAGGAGUUGAAAGGAGUAUCUCACUGUCUGGUCUCUCUGAUAAAGAGAUUGAUGAAAAAGUCUCAGAUUUGGUCAACGUGAAAGCAUAA